AAUAAAAACAGAAAAACAUAAAACAGAGGAGAGAGAGAAAAACAAAAUCCCCCCAAAACAAAAAUGCAUCCUCGACUAACACCACUCAUCCGCCAUCUCCACCAUCGCAACAACCCUCCUUCUUCAAUUUUCUCUCUCCUCCAACUCCGCCCUAAAUCCACUCUCUCUCCUCCCGAACCUCAAUCGCAAACCCUAGAAUCACUCCGCCAACGCUUAUCCAAAGAAUCCCCAAAUUUAGGCGAUUUCAUCCGAUUACAGCGAAAUGAUGAUUACUCUGUUGAAGUCGGAACGAAGAAGAAUCCUCUUCCGAAACCUAAAUGGAUGAAGGAAUCGAUUCCUGGAGGUGAUAAAUACACUAAAAUUAAGAAGAAAUUGAGGGAAUUGAAGUUACAUACUGUUUGUGAAGAAGCUCGUUGCCCUAAUUUAGGUGAAUGUUGGUCUGGUGGUGAAACUGGUACUGCUACUGCUACUAUUAUGAUCUUGGGCGAUACUUGUACUCGCGGUUGUAGGUUCUGUAAUGUCAAGACAUCCAGAACUCCUCCCCCACCAGAUCCAAAUGAACCAACCAAUGUUGCGGAGGCUAUUGCAUCCUGGGGCCUUGAUUAUGUAGUAAUUACAAGUGUUGAUCGUGAUGAUUUACCUGAUCAGGGUAGUGGUCACUUUGCUGAAACUGUGCAGAAACUGAAAACUUUAAAGCCAACUAUGCUGAUAGAGGCCCUCGUUCCGGAUUUCCGUGGAGAUCAAUCAUGUGUCGAGAAAGUUUCUGUGUCUGGAUUAGAUGUGUUUGCUCACAAUAUUGAGACAGUUGAAGAGCUUCAGAGUGUAGUUAGAGAUCGUCGUGCUAAUUUCAAGCAAUCUAUAGAUGUUUUAAAGUUGGCUAAAGAAUAUGCACCUGCUGGUACUCUAACAAAGACAUCAAUAAUGUUGGGCUGUGGAGAAACACCUGACCAAGUGGUGAGUACUAUGGAAAAGGUGAGAGCUGCUGGUGUUGAUGUGAUGACCUUUGGUCAGUACAUGAGACCUUCAAAGCGCCACAUGCCAGUGUCCGAGUAUAUAACCCCAGAGGCUUUUGACAAGUAUAGAGUUCUUGGAAUGGAAAUGGGAUUUCGGUACGUAGCAUCUGGUCCCAUGGUGCGAUCUUCAUAUAAGGCUGGUGAAUAUUACAUUAAGUCGAUGAUAGAUGCAGAUCGAGCAAGCUCAUCUUCUGCUGCAUUGAAGGCAUAGAGCUCCUGUGUCCUGAUUCUUUGGAAUUACACUUUGAUUAAAGGGUAACUCAGUUAAUGCAUUUGUAUGAUUUCGUUGUAUAUUAAUUAAUGUGAUUAUUAUUUGUUACCUGUUGAAUAUUUUCACAAAGUUCUAACCUCCUACACAAGGAAUAAAGUUUCUUCUGAGUGGCUCUACUUUGAAUUUUCA